AUGGACGUCAACUUCAUAAUCUUCGAAGGCAUUCUAACGUUCCAUAACCAAAAAGAAAACGAUAUGCUGGAUAUGAAAAUUUUCGUAGACGCAGAUCCAGACGUUCGGUUAGCUCCUAGGUUGAAAAGAGACAUUAGUCAAAGAGGCAGAGAUUUAGAAGGAGUACUUAAACAGUAUACCUCGAUGGUCCAACCAUCGUUCAACCAUUAUAUCGCCCCACUCACGCGAGUCACGCCGACAUCAUAG